AUGCUAACAAGACGUGAAUUGCGAAUCGGGGUGUGGAGUAAAGUUGAGAGAAGUUCAAGAAUACUUUGCUUAAUUGCUUUGCUGAGUUAUUCACUUGCCUUCACCCUGACUUUACCCUCAACGCUCAGUUCACUCGAUCAAUUAGUUUGUGAAUAUUUUGCAAUGUACAAAUUAGCGUCUCAUUUACACAUAAGAUUCGCGAUCUAG